AUGGGUUUUGACAGCCUGUCUUUGGCGGCUGUUGACCCCUACUGGGAGCGGCCGUCUAAUGCAGGCAGCUGCUCCGCCGCCCGGCCCAAGACCCUUCACCUGGCGGGCCAGCAGCACACGUCCUCACCAUGGCUGCAGGCUCUCCGCAAGGAAAAGUCCCGGGACGCUGCAAGGUCGCGGCGGGGAAAAGAGAACUUUGAGUUUUACGAGUUAGCCAAGAUGCUGCCGCUGCCUGGCGCCAUCACCAGCCAGCUGGACAAGGCCUCCAUCAUCCGGCUCACCAUCAGCUACCUGAAAAUGAGGGACUUCGCCAAUCAGGGGGACCCGCCGUGGAACCUGCGCAUCGAGGGGCCCCCGCCCAACACGUCGGUCAAAGCUAUUGGUACUCAGCGGAGGAGGAGUCCCAGCGCCAUCGCCUCCGACAUCUUCGAGCCUCACCUGGGCAGCCACAUUCUACAGUCGCUGGACGGGUUCGUAUUUGCACUAAACAAGGAGGGACGAUUCCUCUACAUCUCUGAGACUGUUUCCAUCUACCUGGGCUUGUCGCAGGUGGAGCUGACCGGCAGCAGCGCGUUCGACUACAUCCACCCCGGGGACCACGUGGAGAUGGCGGAGCAGCUCGGCAUGAAGCUGCCUCCGGGCCGAGGGAUGUCUCUGUCCCAGGGAGCCGUCACAGAAGACGGGACGUCCUCGGCUUCUUCGUCGUCUCACUCUGAGACUCCUGAACCAGUGGAGUCCAACAGUCCCAGUCUCCUGUCGCCUGAUAAUUCUCUGGAACGUUCCUUCUUCAUCCGGAUGAAGUCUACGCUCACCAAGAGAGGAGUGCACAUCAAGUCCUCAGGAUAUAAAGUGAUCCACGUCACCGGUUGUCUGCGGAUCCGGAUGGCUCUGACCCACAGCCGCUCGGUGCCCAAUCAGAUCAUGGGGAUGGUGGUGGUGGCCCACGCCCUGCCGCCACCCACCAUCAACGAGGUCCGCAUCGACUGUCAGAUGUUUGUGACCAGAGUCAACAUGGACCUGAAAAUCGUGUACUGCGAGAACAGGAUCAACGACUACAUGGACCUGACUCCGGUGGACAUCGUGGGGAAGAGGUGCUACCAGUUGAUCCACGCUGAAGAUGUGGAGGGGAUCAGACAGAGCCACCUGGACUUGAUGAAUAAAGGUCAGUGUGUGACCAAGUAUUACCGGUGGAUCCAGAAGAAUGGCGGCUACAUUUGGAUUCAGUCCAGCGCCACCAUCGCCAUCAACGCCAAGAACUCCAAUGAGAAGAACAUCGUCUGGGUCAACUACGUCCUCAGUAAUCCUGAGUAUAAAGACACACCCAUUGACAUCGUUCAGCUGCCAAACCUGCCAGAGAAAACGUCAGAGUCUUCGGAAAGCUCAGACUCUGAGUCCGAUUGCAAAGAAAACUCAGACAACGAAAAGCCUGAGGGGAAGUCGGCUCAACAAGUGGAGCACAUCGAGGACCCGGACAGCAAACGCCAGCAGCCGCACGGGCAGACCCACUGCUCCUCCGAACAGGAGACGAAGCGGCACGAAGAAGGAGACAGCUCCAGUAACCCGGAGAGCCAGGAGAGCGACGACAGCCUGGAGCCUUCAGAUGGAGAGCAGGAGCAGGAGGUCACCAGGGGAGGGGUGGGAGAAGGAGGAGGCAGGCUGGGGAGGUUAGCGGGACUGGGAGGAUUAGAGGGUCUUGGUGCCAUCAGUGGACUGGGUAAUCUGGGUGGCCUUCAUAUUAAAGUUGAACACUACGGAGAAGGUGAGGAACUCCAACUGCACAACUCACAAACCUCCUCAGAGGAGGAGGAGCAAGAUGAGGAGGACGAAGAGGAUGAGGAAGAAGGGGGAGGAGUCCAAGACUGCGACGGUGUUAGUGCCGGCCGCACGCUCCAGAAGAGGAGGAAGAGGAGGAAAGUGCAAAAGUGGGACGGGUCACGAAGCAGGAGGCUCCGUCUGUCAGUUCCACUCAGCCCUUCAGCAGCAGAAGACCUCACACCCCCGGCCGACCCCUCGGAGGCCUCGUCCAUCUCCUCUGCCCAUCUCCUGACCUCCUCUGAGUCCCCAAACGGCACAGGAGCAACGUCCUCGGUUCUGAAGAUCAAGACGGAAAUGGCCGAGCCGAUCAACUUCGACAACGACAGCAGCAUUUGGAACUACCCCCCCAACAGAGAGAUCUCCAGAAACGAGUCCCCGUACAGCAUGACCUCCAAACCACAGGCCCCCGGGGGUCUCGAGACCUUCCCGUCGCCGCAGGGGGGGUCUCUGCACGUGGUCAUCCCUGACUCUGUCCUCACCCCUCCUGGCACUGAGGGGGGAGCAGGAGGGGGGAGGAAGCCUCCUUACAAUGGAAGCUCUGCGCCAUCGUCUUCUUCCAGCGCUACAAGUUUAGCUCCUCCUUCCAACACCUCCUCCGCCGACCCCCUGUCUCCUCCUCUCUCUGCCUCCCCGCGGGACAAGCAACAAGGCACUCCUACCACCUCCUCGUCUUCUUCCACCUCCUCCUCUUCGUCCUCAACCAGCUCUUCCUCACUGCUGUACUCCGGUGAUCUUGAAGCUCUCCAGCGUUUGCAAGCGAGCAACGUGGUUCUCCCGCUGGUCCACCGGGUCACCGGGACUCUGGCUCCCAGCAGCACGACAGCUCCACGGGUCUACACGACUGGGACCAUCAGGUACGCGCCAGCGGACGUCACUCUGGCAAUGGCACAAGGGAACCUCCUCCCCAACGCCGCCAUGAACUUCGUGGACAGCUCGGGGUUUGGUCUGGACCCCAAGACGCCCAUGGAGAUGCUCUACCAUCACGUCCACAGGCUGAACAUGACCGCCGCCGCAGCCGCCGGUCCGUUCGUCGGAUCCACGGCGCCCGCGGGCGGUAACGGCACAUUAGGAGGCCCGAUGCCGGCGGCGGCCAACGUUUUCACCACAGCCGAGGGCCUUUUCUCGACGCUGCCGUUCCCGGUGUACAGCAACGGGAUCCACGCGACGCAGACGGCUCUGGAGAGGAAGGAGGAUUAAUGCAAAACCUUCGAGACCGCAUUACUGUGCAACCUGGAACCAUCAACUGUGUCCGAGUCUAAAGACUG